UCCAUCUUAACCUCUUUUAUUCACCAUGGAGAAGCUGUUAAAAUAUCUAUGUACCAUAUAAAUAUCACAACAAUCAACUAUCCUACUUCCAUUUUUAAUCUCUCAAAUCAAUAUUCAAGAAACUCUUAAGAUUCAUUGAAGAAUCAAAAAAAUGUUGGCAAUUUUCCACAAAGCUUUUGCUCAUCCACCCGAAGAGCUGAAUAGUCCAGCAUCUUACAAAGGUUCAAACAAACCCAAGCUUCCCGAAGAAACUCUCACAGAAUUCCUCUCUCAUCACCCUCAUAACACUUGUUCUAUGAGUUUCGGUCAAGCUUCUGUUCUUGCUUAUGUCAGACCAGACACCCCUUUUUCUGUUCAUCAAAGGUUGUUUUGUGGGGUUGAUGACAUAUACUGUUUAUUUCUUGGGAGUUUGAACAAUCUGUCACUACUGAACAAACAAUACGGUUUAUCAAAGGGUACUGAUGAAGCCAUGUUUGUGAUCGAAGCUUAUAAGACACUUCGUGACCGUGGUCCAUACCCAGCAGAUCAAGUUGUUAAGGAACUUGAUGGUAGUUUCGCUUUUGUUGUUUAUGACAGCAAAAUCGGCACUGUCUUUGCUGCACUGGGCUCUGAUGGUGGAGUGAAGUUGUACUGGGGUAUUGCAGCUGAUGGAUCUGUUGUGAUUUCUGAUGAUCUAGAUGUUAUCAAAGAAGGUUGCGCUAAAUCCUUUGCUCCUUUUCCAACCGGGUGUAUGUUUCAUAGUGAAGGAGGGUUAAUGAGUUUUGAGCAUCCAAUGAACAAGUUGAAAGCAAUGCCAAGGAUAGACAGUGAAGGAGUGAUGUGUGGGGCCAACUUUAAGGUUGAUAAAUUCUCAAGAGUCAACAGUAUACCUAGAGUUGGUAGUCAAUCAAAUUGGAUGGAAUGGGAACAACAUUAGGUUUUUAAUUUGUAAAUAUAAAAAACUUUAUGGUUAUUUAUUUCAUGUAAAAUAAAAAUGUACCUUACUUUAUUAUUGUUACUACUUUCCUUUCCUAACUAACCCCACCACCACCUACCUUGUCUUAUCUUUAUCCUUGUUUCGGUUUUCUUGUGUAGUUUUUCUGUUUCCUUCUAAGUAACACAAUAUAUUCAAGUGUUUUUUGGGACA